AUGUUCAAGGAAACUUUCUAUCCUUAUGAGAAACUCUGUUUAGACGAAUCUCUGAUGCUGUUCAAGGGUCAUCUGAAAGUAAAGCAACAUAUUCCAGCAAAGGGAAGUAUGUUUGGAAUUAAAAUUUUUAUAAUUUUUUAUUGGAAGACAAAUUAUAUAUUGGAUUUUAUCAUUUAUGUUGGCGCACAGACAGGCAUUGAUAAUCAUGGUAUGGGAGUGUCUGGAAAUACAGUAGCCACAUUACCCCAAACUUACUUGGAGAAAGGACAUACGCUGUUUGUCAACAACUGGUAUACCAGCCCAGAUCUAUUUUGUUGGUUGUAUGACAGAGCGACAAACACAUGUGGUGCAGUUAGGCAAACAAGGAAGGAAGUGCCAGCAAUGGAGGACAAAUUGAAGAAAGGAGAAAUAACUUCUCGAUCUUCAGAAUCAGGUAAGGUAAUUGUUCUGAAGUGGCAUGACAAGAAGGAAGUCUGGAUGUUAUCAACGUACCACAAAGCUGAAAUGCAUCUGACUUCAAAAAGAGAUCGGAAGAGUGGUGAUCAGAAAAUGAGACUGAGUGUGGUAAUAGAUUACAAUAAAUCAGCGGGACUAGUCGACCAAAGUGACAUGCUAAUAAAAACAGUGGACAAUACAUGGAAGUCGUCUAAGUGGCACAGGAAAUUGUUUUUGCACAUUUUGGACACGGCAAUAUUCAAUGCCUUUUGCUUAUACCAAAAAUAUGGGACGAAAAUGAAGUACAAAAAGUUUCAUUUCAAUGUAAUUAGAGAAAGUUUUGCAACUUUUUAUAUCAAUUGCAAGAGAGCAGGUGGUGCUAAAUGUCAAGAGUACCUACAAGACUAA